AUGAAGCCUCCGUCUUCUCCUGGAGCUCCGUCGUCGUCCCCACGCACCUCGCUUUUCCUCCUCCCUGGCAUCCUCCUGGCUGCGGUCAUCUACCUGGUCCUCUUCCCCAACAACUUCAGGCUCCCGGGGAUGUUCGGGUCGUCCUCGUCGUCGUCAUGCAACGACAACAACGGCGCCUCGGCGACGUCGGCGGUCGGCCGUCUCACCGCCGGAGGCUCUCCUGCGGAGGAGGCGGUGGACCUGCGGUUGCUGAUGGGCAUCGUGACCACCCCAAGCACGUACGAGCGGCGCGCGCUCCUGCGUCUGGCCUACUCCCUGCAGCCGCGGCCCGUGCGCGCGGUGGUGGACGUGCGCUUCGUCAUGUGCCGCAUCGAGCGGGAGGAGGACCGAAUCCUGGUGGCGCUGGAGAUCAUCGCGCACGGCGACGUGGUGGUGCUCAACUGCACGGAGAACAUGAACGACGGCAAGACGUACGCCUACUUCUCGGCCGUGCCGGGGCUUUUCGCCGGGGAGCGGUACGACUACGUGGGCAAGACCGACGACGACACCUACUACCGGGUGGCGGCGCUGGCGGAGUCGCUUAGCGGGAAGGCGCGGCGGGACGCGUACCAGGGCUACCUGACGCCCUGCCACUGGCUGCCCGAGAAGCAGUACAUGUCCGGGAUGGGGUACGUCGUGUCGUGGGACGUGGCGGAGUGGAUCGCCGCCACGCCGGAGCUCCGGGACGACCACAACGACUGGGAGGACGUCGACUUCGGCGGGUGGCUGCGCAAGGGCGGGAAGUACAAGAACGUGUACAACGAGGAGCCGAGGAUGUACGACUACUGGGACAGGGAGAUGGCCACCGACGUCAACUGCUUCCGGCACGAGCACAUCGCCGACGCCGUGGCCGUGCACAAGCUCAAGGACCGCCUCAAGUGGGCGCGCACGCUCCACUUCUUCAACGCCACCCAGGGGCUCAAGCCGUCCAAGCUCUAUCAUGUUGACUUGCAAAACGUCUACCACGUCUAG